GGGGCCGGAAGUGCCUGUCAGGAAGCGGCAGGGGCCUGUCUCGGGAGGCCGGCGCUAUGGAGGGUCGCGGCAGCGGCUCUUCGGAGCACCUGGAGCGGCUGCACGAAAUCUUCCGCGGCCUCCACGAGGAGUUGCGAGCUGGGCCGGAGAGGCUGCGCGGGAGCCAGGCGGUCGAAGAGAAGAAGAAGCUGAUAAGAGAAUUUGAUGAAAAACAAAGAGAAGCACAUGAAACGUUACGGGAAAUGGAAGAUGAACUGAGAUAUGCUCCAGUGUCUUUCAACAAUCAAAUGAUGGCCAAAAUUCGGACAUACAAGAGAGAGCUUGCCACAUUCCAGAGGAAGAUGAAAAGUAUAGAUUUGGGAGUGACCUCAGGUGCAUGUGGAGACCCAAAAUUUGGAGUCUUCUCAACAGAAAACGAACAGAGUACUCAAGUACAGUCUCAGAGGGUAUUGCUGCUUCAAGGAACAGACAGCUUGAACCGAGCCAGUCAGAGCAUAGAGCGUUCACAUCAGAUUGCUGCUGAAACAGACCAAAUUGGUUCUGAAAUCAUUGAAGAGCUUGGCGAACAGCGGGAGCAGCUGGAACGCACCAAAGGGAGAUUAGUAAACACAAGUGAAAACUUAAGCAGGAGUCGGAAAAUACUACGCUCCAUGUCAAGAAGGCUUAUGACAAACAAAUUGUUGCUUUCUGUUAUUAUCAUUCUGGAGCUUGCUAUCCUGGGAGGCGUUGUCUACUACAAGUUCUUCACCUGAACUUUCAAGACACCCAGCUUCCUGCCUUGAUGUCUUCCAUCCACCUUAAGGACUAUGCAUGGACAUUGCCAAGGAACAGUUCUUAAACCGAACGGAUUAUGUUUUAAAUGCAGUUGUAAGACACUAUUAACAUGCUGCCAGCCUCACAGCAUGUUCACCUGAGAAGUCAGUGGGAGGAAAUGUAGCUUGAGGGACAGGAGAAAAGACAAAGGACUGACAUAAAAUUGUGUAAUUACAAAGUAAUAAACAUUUGUCUAAAAUGACAUGUCUAACUUGUAACACAGCUCUUUGGUCACACAAUGGGGAAAAAGAACUAGUCUCUGCAAAUUGGUGAACACUUCAGAGCGUAAUACAGUCUGUUCUUUGCCCGUCCAUUUCAAUAGAUCACUAGAAUGUAACAUAAUCCCCGUUGCAAAGCAUCUGCUGGCCUCCAGCAUCUCAAAUCCGCACUUGCUCUUCACUGUCAGAUUCAUCCGGGGAACUAGGAGUGGGGAGGCCAUCGAAAACAAUGUGUGCCCCUUCUCUUGUUUGGCCAAAGCAUGUGGCAAUCACUUCCACUGCAAGGUUAGCUGUGGCAGCCACGUCUUCCUGGGAUGUUCCAAGCAACGGAUUUACUUCUACAAGGUCCACAGCUGAAAGCAGGCCUGGGAAAUUAAAGGCAGUCACAAGAGAGAAACAGGAGAAAUGAAUUUUUAUAAGAAGCUAAAACAGGUUGUUGGUACUAUAUGUAGUGCAAUGGGUUUUGAAUAAAUCAAAUCUAGUUGUAUGUUGGCUGUAAUAAACUGUUUGCAACUGUUAGGAUAUGUGUUAUUCAGCAUCACCUGAUAGUUUUUUGAAAGGCAAUACAAAGAUAGUAACUACAACUAUUUAUGUUCUGUUUUGGAUUAUGGCAUCACCAGUGGUGUGCGACACAGAGCAGUGAUGAUGUUUAAAGUAAUGGGGCAACACAGAGAACCUUACAUGCAUCAGGCAUCUAAUAGCUGUAAUUGGAAAGGGGAAAAAGGAGAAAAUUGGUAUUAUAUUUUUCCCUUCCAUUCUUCAGAAGUUACCAAACUUCCAGUUAAUAGAAGAUUGUGAGUGAGAAUAAUACAGUUUAACAUGACAGUUCCUAGCAGUAAAACUAUAUGUCAACGUCGCAUAUAGUUACAUUUCUUUGGUUUUAACUGGAAAAAUACUUUUGGGACUUUGUCUGAAAGACUCAGGGAAUCUUGUCUUGUUGGCCUUAUUACUGUCUAAGUAAGUCAUUGAUUCAUUUUGAGGACAUGCAUAAAUGUAGGAAGGGAACCUGGGAUUCUGACUGAAGUAGACUGCAACUUGAUUUAAACUAAUGCUGUAUAGUUCUUUAAUGUAGCUGCCAUAUAAGCACCCACUAUUUAUUCCCUUAUGUCAUGUUAUUUUAAUAGUAAAACAUGCUUGCCUGGUU